CUUCCAGCGCGCUGGUCUGUCGGUGCCGAUGCGGAGGCUGAAUGGCUUCUUUGACGAGAUGGACUUGAAUAAUGACGGUUUCAUCAGUUUUGAUGAAUGGCGCGAUUUCCUGCUUUUUAUGCCUAGUACCCACCACGGGUCAGCACUGGAGGCUGCGCUGUCUUAUUAUUCUACCAUUGUUAUGGUCAAUGCAGAGGGAGAUUCGCUCGUUAGUGAUGAAACCCUAGAAGGCCUAGGAUACUUCCUCGCCGGUGCCGUUUCGGGCGGUGUGUCGCGAACUGCUACCGCGCCCCUGGACCGCCUGAAGGUCUACCUCCUCGUCAAUACAAAAACCAGCACCACUGCGGCUCUCGCCGCUGCCAAGAGCGGCCGUCCUCUCGUUGCCCUGCGCAACGCAGGCCGUCCCAUUGCCGAUGCUAUUGUGACCCUGUGGAAGACUGGCGGGGUGCGCACCUUUUUUGCGGGAAAUGGUCUCAAUGUCAUCAAGAUUAUGCCAGAGUCUGCCAUUCGGUUCGGCUCUUAUGAAGCAUCCAAGAGAUUUCUCGCAGCUUACGAAGGACACGACGACCCCAGUCAGAUCAGCGCCGUCUCCAGGUUCGUGUCCGGUGGCAUUGGCGGCAUGACGGCGCAGUUCUGCGUGUAUCCGAUCGAUACGCUCAAGUUUCGGCUACAAUGUGAGACGGUCCAGGGUGGCCCCAAGGGAAAUGCGCUGCUUUUCCAGACGGCGAAGAAAAUGUGGGCAGAUGGCGGUAUCCGUGCGGCUUAUCGCGGCCUCGGGCUCGGGCUCAUCGGCAUGUUUCCGUACAGCGCCAUCGACAUGGGCACAUUUGAGGUGCUCAAGAAGUCGUACAUUCGAGCGGCGGCGCGCUACUAUGGCAUCCACGAAGACGACGCCCAGCUUGGAAAUGCCGGCACGGCCAUCUUGGGAGCGUCCUCGGGGGCGCUCGGCGCUACCAUCGUCUAUCCUCUCAACGUUCUCCGCACCCGGCUGCAGACUCAAGGCACGGCCAUGCACCCGCCAACAUACACGGGAUUCAUGGAUGUGGCAACCAAGACGGUCCGUAACGAGGGAGUACGCGGCCUAUACAAAGGCCUGGUGCCCAACCUCCUCAAGGUAGCUCCAGCGCUGAGCAUCACCUGGGUGUGCUACGAAAACAUGAAGAAGCUUUUGGGCUUGAACUAAGCGCUGGGAACACCCCCAGAGAUUCGGUAUGCCUGAAAAAUAGAGCUAUUGAGCGAUGUUAGAGGUGGUCGUUGGAGGAGAGCGACUUAGUUUUUACUUUUUCUUGGCAUCAACUUGGCGUCUGGGUAGUUGAGUUUUGAUGUCCGCUACGGCGGCGGCGGCGUUUGGGUUGCUGCAGUAGCAUCGAGAGAUACCAGUUAGAAGGAGGAUCAUUGAUCAAAGGUUGGGAUGACAGGUCAUCGUGCCCUGGGACCAUGGUGUUAGACGAUGCCAUACCGACUUAUGUCGUCACACAGCUAACGUUAAUUAAUGACUGUGUCAC